CGAAAUCAUUUAAAUCGCGUGGCGUACCACGGCAGGACUUGCUCGACAACUUUCACGUUACACUCUGAGUUUGCCGUUGAAAUGUUUAUAAUAAUUUUUUCAAAGCCGCCAAAGUAGUAAUUACUUUACCGUAGUUAGGGUGAUGUCGGAGAAUGAAUGUUAAGCGGGAACAUGUAAUAGCGGCAUGUACUGUGACGUUUUUCGUUUUGGUUAUUAUCAUUUUGCUUAAAAGCGAUGCGGGAUCUCAAUCCGAAGAAUCGUUUGAAGAGCCUAUUGACAAACCAGAUGUUCCUAGGGUUGUCAGAAAUUGGCCUCAAGAACACUUAAAUUUGGGUCAAGUUUCUGGAGUUUCCGUUAAUUCAGCUCUGCAGCCAGUGAUUUUUCACAGAGCCGACCGAUCAUGGGAUCAGUAUUCAUUCAAUUCAACCCACCAUUACCAACAAGGUCAUUUGGGUCCAAUAAAAGACCAUACGGUGCUCACCUUGGAUCCACAAACUGGCAAAGUUUUGGGAAAAUGGGGCUCCGAUAUGUUCUACAUGCCCCACGGCAUAACACUCGAUAAGCACGAUAAUUUAUGGUUAACCGAUGUUGCAUUGCAUCAAGCCUUCAAGUUUAAACCGGGUGAACUUCAGCCCACCCUAACAUUUGGUGAAAAAUUUACUCCAGGAUCAGAUACCAAACACCUUUGUAAGCCCUCGUCCAUUGCUGUGGCCAGCACAGGAGAGAUAUUUAUCGCGGAUGGAUAUUGUAAUACGAGAAUCUUAAAAUAUAACGCCGCAGGAGAAUUGCUAAGAGUCAUACCAAAUCCACCUGAUUUCUUAUCGCUGCAAGUUCCUCACUCUUUGGCCUUGGUGGAGUCAAUCGAUAGACUUUGCAUUGCCGACAGGGAAAAUAUGAGAGUGGUUUGUCCCAGAGCAGGGCUUUAUAGUCUUCAGGGCAAGAAGGAGCCGGCAUUGACAAUUCAGCAACCUGAUAUGGGAAGAGUUUUUGGAGUUGCUGCAAAAGGGAAACUUAUUUAUGCUGUAAAUGGAUACACAAACUCAAUGUUGCCAAUCCAGGGCAUGACGAUUGACCCUGAGACAGAAGCCGUUUUGGAUCAUUGGGCACCUGACCAUGGGAGUUUCAAUAAUCCACAUGAUAUUGCUGUAUGUGCGAACGGAUCUGCUCUUUAUGUAGCCGAAAUUGGACCAAAUAAAAUAUGGAAGUUCGAGUUGGUUCCUCCAAAGAAAAAGUAAUAUUUGCUGUGAAAAUAUUUUAGUUGUUCAAGGCUAAGGUUUUGAUAUAUUUUCAACCUAGGUAACUUGAAAUCCCUAUGCAUUUAAAUCAGAUAGCUAUUAGAUAUAUACAGGCUCUGUACUUUUGAAGUCAACAUGAAAAAAAUGCUUUCAUCAAUUCCGCAGUUUUCUAUUUGGAUGUAGAUAUUUUGUGGCAGUAUUUGGUUAAAAAAUACCCAGACCUAGAAAGAAAUAGAGUAAAGUGCAAGUCUGUGUGUGAAGAUCCUAAGACACUUUAAAUUUUACUGUCCUUACGGCCAGUAUAUUAUCUAAUAGCAUUGUAAUUUUAGUUUAAAUUUUGUUGUUAAUUUAUUAAAAUAUUGUUAUUCUCUUUUUCAAUUUGGAAUUUCGUUCCAAUUUGCAAUGUAAAUGUGAUAAGUGUACCUAUGUUCAACUGUCUAUAAAUUAUUUGGUAUGGUUACAACAAAGUAACAAUUGCGCAUGUAAACGCGUGAACAAUAAUCGAACGAAUCGCUUUUAGUUUAGAGCAUAUGUAAAUAAAAAAGUAAAA